CUCAAGUGUCGGUCAGAGAAAGAAACAGUCGAAACAGAGGACUGUGCUUGUCUUCCCCUGGCUGACCUGCCUUCUCUGUAAACGCUGUAAUCAUGACCAGAAACCUGCUGAAGAAUCCCAGUGGGGAAGAGCAGCUGGAAUUCUGGGAGCUGACGGAGAACGGUGGGAGCCAGUGGAAGGUGGAGGACAUGCCAGGAGACUGUGGCCAUGACUUCUGCAAUGACGGAGUGACCAAGUACUUUGCAACCUCCUUUGAGUUGUGUCUGAAGAGGCAGGUGAUUGACUUGUUAGAUGAGGGUUACUCCGGCGAACAGCUAGACGCUCAGCCUACCGUCUCAGUUGAGGACUGGUACUGUGGGAGGACGGACUGCGGCUGCACCUACCAAAUGACCGUGUGUCUGCUGGAUGAUAAUCACGAAGUCAUUCAGGAGUACAAACCCGACCCGGUUACUCUCGACCCCGACAGUGACGACUGCUCAUGGAAACAGAUCAGCCAUACAUUUUCCGACUACGGUCCAGGAAUGCGCUUCAUCUCCUUUGAGCACGGAGGACAAGACACCAAGUUCUGGGACGGCUGGUUUGGAGUGAGGGUCACCGGGAGCUCUGUUAUUGUGGAGGACUGAAGCAGAGGAGAAAACAACAGAGCGAUAGGGGAAGGGAACCGAGGAAUACUGAAAGGUGGAGGAAUGGGAAGAGUCAUAUAAAGGCUCCAGAGUGACAGAGUGAAGUGUAGGUUUGGAGGUUUUAAAAGGACCAGCUUUGCAUUAUGCAACUAGCUUGCACCUCUGUAUAUCAUGCAUAUUGCAGUUCAUGCUGUGGAAACAUAAUGCUGCUAUGAAUACCGUAGUUAAGAAUCUGUGAGACACUACCACAAAAAACACCUUACCUUAGUGGCAUCUUUUAAAUCUAAAUAUUACUGCUUGCAACAAUCAUUAAUUAUGACUGCGACACAGUCAUGUAUUAACUACUACCUCUGCACAGCAACUCAUCCUGCGGUUAAAAUGAAGUGUUUGGUGGGUGGGGGCAGGUGUAACAUAUCACGUGGUUUAUCGUUCAAAUGGGAUUAAAAAUGACAAUGAAAUAAAGUGUAAACGACAACAUUGCCUUUUUUUGUCAAGUUGAACUAUCAUUUAAAGAUCAAAGCAAA